AUGCCAGCCCACCGCAACCAGUACCAGCACAGCACUACCCCCGGCGAACUGCGCGCCGCCAUACUACAACUACGCCCCACCCCCGGCUCCACACCUCCACCUUCUGCCGCGCCUUGCUACACCUACAACUACAACUGCAUACCCACCGCGACCCCCGCAACCACCCCCUACUUCUACUACUACUACGACUACUACCUCUUUACCCCCCUUUUCCCCUUUUCACCAGUCCCCCCACAUAUUCCCCCGUUCUCUCCGACCCUUACCCCCCCUCACGCAGCGAUCGCCUCCCGCGCAACCCAGACACUCACCGCACUCCUUGCGCAGGUCUACAGCCCAAACACAAACCACCCAACCCACGGCAAACCCCUCUCCUACGCCGUCCACACGCAGCACCUACCAUCCGUUGAGAUAAGCCUGUUACACUCAGCGUGCUACUAUGGCGACGAGAUGAUCGUGGGGUAUCUUUUAGCGAUGGGCGCAGCGGUGGGGGAUGUGGAUGGCGAGGGGCACAUGCCGGUGAGUGUGGCAAUAGGGGCGGGGUGGUUGGGGGGUGGCGUUACUGAGGGCGUGGGGUGCGGGGGCGUGAGGGGCGGUGGCAGGGGUGCGGCGGUGGGAGGUAAUUUUCGUGGUGGUGAAUAG